AUGUGCGUGCUCACGUGCCGUCGUCGCCCGUCUGUUGCAGAGCCGAGCCACUACGUGUGCGUGACGUGCAAGCAGCGCCUGCACUCGGCCUGGCGCCUGCUGCAGCACGCGCAGAACACGCACGGCCUGCGCAUCUACGCCGUGGACGCGGCGUCCGCGUGCGGGGCGAGCGCGGGCGCGGGCAGCGGGAGCGGCGGGGCGCCGUCGCCGGGCGCCGGGGGCACGGGCGGGCGGCUGGGCGGGCCCGCCUCCACCACCGUCCCUCGGCGCCCCGGCCUCCGCCGCCGCCGUCGCCGCCUCCCACAGCAGCUCCUCCUCGGGCUGCUCGCUCACAGCGGCUCGUCCCGGCGUCCAGCUCCUCCUCCUCGUCGUCGUCCGGCAGAUCGCCGGCUCGCCGUCGGGCUGGCGCUGCCGCCGCGCCGCCGCCCCCGCGGCCGGCCGCCUGUUGCCGCCGCCCCCGCCCCGGGCGCCACCACGACCCGCACGCGACCGCCGCCGCGCUGGCCAACCCGUUCGCCGUCGGCGGGCUGCUGCGGCUGCCGCGCACACGCCCUUCUCCGCCGGGUCGGCGUCGCCGCUCACCAACCACUGACGUCGCCGACGGCGUCGACGACGCCAGCGCGGUGGCGGCGGCGGCGGCCGCCGCGCUCUUCGCGCGCCCGUCCGCCCACCACGACACACUUCCGAUGGAGCAACUCAUGUCGAGCAGCUGCGGUUGACGUCGCACCACGGGCCGUUUGGGGCUGGCGGCGGCGGCGGUGGCGGCGGCCGCGGCGGCGUCCGGCACCAACCCAGCGGGGGCGUCGGCACGCCGUUCGCCCGCCCUCCGCGGGCGGCGCCGCCCGGGCGCCGUCCCGGGCGCCCCGCCCCCGCCCUCGCUCGCCCUCCCGCCUCGAGCCGCAGCUCGACUUCUACUCGCAGCGCCUGCGCCAGCUGCCGGCACCACCAGCCCCGGCGCGUCGCGGGGCGGCGCCGGCGCGGGGCGUCGAACGCCUCCAACGCCUCCACGUCCCCGUCCGGCCGGCCCGCUGCUCACCCCGCCCGUUCACCUCCCCCAGCGGCCUGCCGCCCGCCUCCGCCGCCUCCACGCCCACCGCCGCUCCUCUCAACUCCAGCGGCAGCAACAACCACAAUCCAGCCGCAGCAGCUCCAGCCCCGGCGGGGCGCGGCCCGACCGCCUCAGCUCCCCGGAAGACGCAGCUCGCCGCUGUCGGACCCGGUGGGCGGGUCGCGGCGGCGGUGGCGGCCGCGGCGGCCGCCGCGCUCACGCCGCGCUCGGCGUCCACGCCCCCGCACGGCAUGCUGCUCAAGGCGUCCGACCUGUCGGCCGGCGGCGACGCCGUCAAGGCGUGCGAGUUCUGCGGCAAGAAGUUCCGCUUCGAGAGCAACCUCAUCGUGCACCGGCGCACCCACACGGGCGAGAAGCCCUACAAGUGCUCGGUGUGCAACCACGCGUGCUCGCAGAGCUCCAAGCUCAAGAGGCACAUGAAGGUGCACCGGCGCGCGCAGCGGGCCAACGGCGACGCGCACGGCUCGCCGCGCGGGGACGACGCCGGCUCGCAUACGGGCUCCGUGGAGACGCUCGACGAGGACGGGGACGACGAGGACGACGAGGACGACGACGAUGACGACGACGACGAGGAGGAGGACGAGGAGGAGGAGGAGGAGAUGGAGCUGGACGAGGAGGACGGCGAAGACGACGACGACGAGGACCUGGGCGGCGACGCCCCCGAGGACCUCACCACCAAAUCCACGUCCUCGACCCCUCCCAACGGCAGCUCCAACGCGCACUCCAACACCGCCGACAACAACAACUCGGCCGCCAACAACAACAACAACAACCCCAACGCGAACAACAAUAACAACAACAACAACGGGGACCCGUCGGGGAAGGGGGAACGCACCCCGCGCCCCACCCCGACGGCCACGCCGUUGGAGAAACUCGCCACGUCGGGGUCGCUGGUGGGCGAGCUCAUGGACAAGUUCGGCCUGAGCAACAUCCAGCAGUACAGCGAGGCGUACAAGCAGGCCCUGCAGGAGUCGGUGGUGGGCGCGCACCACCUGCACAUCAAGGACGACCUGCACCGCUCGCCGCUCAUCCCGGACAACAACAACGGCGGCAAGGCCACGCCGCCGUCCUCGCUGGCGAAGGCCGCGGCCGGGCUGGAGAACGGCGCCAUGGAGAAGACGGCGGCGGCCAUGCGCUUCCGGGAGGAGUUCGCCAAGAACCUCAUGUCGGGCCAGCCGCCGCUCGACCUCAUGUCCCCGCACGGGCUGUUCGGGGCGCCCGGCGCCGCCGCGGCCGCCGCCGCCGCCGCCGCGGCCUUCGACAACCCCUUCGACGCCGCGUCCAAGCGCCUCAAGCUCGACCUGGACGGCCACCACGCGGCGGUGGCGGCGGCGGCGGCGGCCGCGGGCCACGCCCCCAGGCACGAGCGGGACGCCCUCUACGCCGGGCUGUGGCUGCCCGCCAUGGCCGCAGCGCACCACAGGUGA